AUGCCUGAAACUACUGCAAAAAAUUGUGGUGCAGGAGAUCAAAAUCGAUUCUAUAAUAUUCUCAUUCCAGAUUAUAAAGUCAACACUCCUGGUGGCAUUACAACAUGGGUAAAGCAGGUAGAAACCCAAUUUAAACUGGCGAAAGUUAUAUCUGAGGAAGAUAAAUUUGAUCAUCUGGUUGCGUCCCUACCACACAAAAUAACGAGUCAUGUAUUUGAUAUAAUAAAUAAUCCGCCUUCUGUAAGUCCUUAUACUACAUUGAAAGAUAAAAUCAUAAAAGAAUUUGAGCCAAGCGAUGCUGAAUGUGUUAAAAAGUUAUUGAAAGGUAUCUCUGGAGGUGAUUGUAAACCAUCUGAAUAUUUUAGAGAAAUGAAAUCGUUAGCUAAAGAUAAAGUAACCGAUGAUGUUCUCCGAGAAAUGUUUCUAGAUCAAUUACUGAAAUCCGCAGUCGAUAUUUUGACAGUUUUGUCAACAACUUCUUUAGAUGAAUUAGCUAAAGCAGCUGAUGAAUUAUAUGAAUGA